GUGUUCUGUAUAGUGUGGUUCUCGCAUUUUCUGUAAACAAAAAUGGCGGAUCCUCUUAGUUUGUUGCGUCAAUAUAAUGUUAAUAAAAAGGAAAUAAUAGAACGCGAUGGACAAAUUAUAUUUGGUGAAUUUUCGUGGCCCAAGAAUGUGAAAACGAACUAUCUGGUAUGGAAAGCUGGAACUGACGGAAAACCGAAAGAGUAUUACACAUUGGAGUGUUUAUUGUUCAUCCUAAAAAAUGUUUCCUUGACUCAUCCCGUGUAUGUAAGACAAGCAGCCAAAGAAAAUAUUCCAGUUGUAAGAAGACCUGACAGAAAAGAACUUUUAGCAUAUUUAAAUGGAGAUUCAGCAACUUGUACUGCUAUUGAUAAAAGUGCCCCAUUGGCAUUACCUACACAAGUUAAAAGAUCUGCAGAUUAUGAUGGACCUGAAAGCAUUGCAAAGAAACCUCGGUUUGAGGACACACAUGUACAGAAAGUCCGAGAAAAGUUCACUGCAAGACUGGAUGCUCCAAAAGAGGCAUCAGUUACAGUGGACAACAUCAAGUCUUUAUCUGAAGCUAUGUCUGUUGAAAAAAUUGCUGCAAUUAAGGCUAAGCGUCUAGCUAAAAAAAGAACAACCAUUAAAGGCAAUGAUGAUAUUGGACAGGAAUAUGAUAUAAGAGCCAUCUUGGAUUUGGAUGUUGACAUUACGAAAGAUAUUAUUAGCAGGGAAAGACAAUGGAGGACCAGAACAACUAUACUGCAAUCCAGUGGCAAAACAUUUGCCAAAAAUAUAUUAGCAAUGUUGCAUAGUAUUAAAGCCAGAGAGGAAGGUAGACAAAGACCGCCUCAACAGCCUGCUAUUGUAACCCCACGAGAAACACCUGUAAGAUCAGCUCAACCAUCAGUAUAUAACAGAUAUGAUCAGGAAAGAUUUAAUAGACAAAAAGAAGAGACGGAAGGAUUCAAGAUUGAUACUAUGGGAACAUAUCAUGGUAUGACCCUCAAAUCAGUAACAGAAGGUUCAGCAAAGGUUAGGCCACAACCUGCUCCAAUGCAACCGCCAUUGCCUGUGAGUGCUGCCAGACCUCCACCUGGUGGCUUACAGAAACGCGUGUCCCGCACACCUAUUAUCAUUAUCCCGGCGGGCACUAACUCUCUAAUUUCAAUGUACAACGUCAAAGAUAUUCUUCAAGAUCUCAGAUUUGUGACACAAGAGGAUAAAAAAAUGCAAGGCAGCAAGAGAGACAAUGAAGUACUGAUUCAGAGGCAGAGAAAUGGGCAAACUGUACCAUACAGAGUUGUGGACAAUCCUGCUAAACUAAGCCCAAGUGACUGGGAUAGAGUGGUGGCAGUUUUCGUUAUGGGACCAGCAUGGCAAUUUAAAGGAUAUCCUUGGGAAACACCAGUUGAAAUUUUUGAUAAAAUUGCUGCCUUCCAUAUAAAGUAUGAUGAGAUGCGUAUUGAUCCAAAUGUGGAAAAAUGGGCUGUAACAGUAAUCCAGUUGUCCCGCACAAAACGGCACUUAGAUCGGGCGGCUCUAAUGGUUUUCUGGGAGAAGUUAGAUAAACACAUAAUGCAAUUUAAACCCCAUCUUAGAUUUUAGACCCAAAUUAUGUAUAAAGUGUACAGUAUUUUAAUUAGAUUUUUUAUAUUCAUUUUCUGAAAGCACACAGGGAAGGAAAAACUGUACUCAACCCACUUAUUAUUUUAAUUCAAUAAUUAAACCUAACUUUAUAUAAUUAUUAUUAUAUUGUGUUUUGUGAUAAUUUUGACAUUCAAAUGAAUGAGGGAGUGUCUUUGACAAUAAAAAAAUAUAUUUUGAGUUUUAUCAAAAUUUACGUUACAAAUAGUUCUCAUAAUUCUUUGUAAUUUCAUCCCACCACAUCUUAUAUAAAUUGUUUCACAAUAAAGUUGUGAAAUAAAUA